GCAUCUUAUACUUAAGCACGCUGUCUAUAAUGACGUCACGAGAUUCAAAUUUAAAUUUCUCGGCCUAGUAAGUUCUUUAAUACGAAUUAUGCCCCGAAAAAAGCGCGCCGCUAGCAGUCGCGGUGCUUACGAACGCGAUCGUAAGCGAAAAAAAGCAUCGGUGGAGAAUGAACACGAGGAAGAAAGAGAGGAUCGGCUAUCGUUCGUGUCCAGUGCGGCCGGGCACCCCGGGGACGAUGAGAUUGAAACCCCUCAUCCAAAAAAUACUACCGAUAAAUAUAAAAUGAGAAACACUUUCAAUUCAAAAAUUAGAAAAAAAUAUCGAUUCUCUGAUAUGGCUGUCAAAAAUACUACGGCAAUAUUAAAUCGCCUUCGUUCCGUUAUGAAAAAUACAAGUUACGUAAAUGAAAUAUUACAUGCCUAUAUUGUUCCUUCUGGUGAUGCUCAUCAAAGUGAAUAUAUAGCAGCACCAGACAAACGAAGAGAAUAUGUUUCCAAUUUUAGUGGGAGUGCAGGAGUGGCUGUCAUAACUGAAGAGAAAGCUGCAUUAUGGACAGAUGGAAGAUAUUUUCUUCAAGCAGAAAAAGAAUUAGAUAGUAAUUGGCUAUUAAUGAAAGAUGGAAUAACUGGAACUCCUACCCAAGGAGAAUGGCUGGCAAAGGUUUUACCUUGUGGUGGCAGAGUUGGAGUGGAUCCAUCACUUAUUUCUUAUGAUAGCUGGAAACCUUUAGCUACUCAUCUUGCUCAUUCAGGCCAUAAACUUGUUCCUAUACAACAAAAUUUAAUUGAUGUAAUUUGGGAGAAUAAACCUUCAUAUCCUGUUAAAGUUAUUGAACCGUUGCCUUUAAGUUUUGCAGGAAAAUCAUGGGAAUCAAAAGUAUCGGAAGUGCGUGAAGAAAUGACUCAAAAAGAAAGUUCAAUUUUGGUAGUUACGGCAUUGGAUGAAAUAGCAUGGCUUCUCAAUUUGCGAGGAUCAGAUAUUGAUUAUAAUCCAGUUUUCUUUUCUUAUGUUUUAUUAACAAUGGAUUCUAUAUAUUUAUUUAUUGAUUCCGAAAAAUGCACGUCGGAUGUACAUAGACAUUUACAAAGCACAUCGGGAAAUCGUGUAAAAAUUACCAUGCAACCGUAUAAUGCUAUUAGAGAUACCUUAUCAACCUUAUUGAGUCAACAGACUGGAAAAGUUUGGAUUAGCAACACAUCUAGUUAUUCUCUAGUCAGUUUAGUACCAGAGAAUCAGAGAAUUGAUUCACCCAAUCCAAUUUUAUUGAAAAAGGCCAUAAAAAAUGAUACUGAAAUUAAAUGCAUGAAUAAAGCUCAGGUUAAAGAUGCAGUUGCUGUUUGUGAAUUUUUUGCUUGGUUAGAAAAGGAAAUAGCUAUGAAUGAAGUGACAGAAUUAUCAGCGGCAGCAAAGUUGGAAGAAUUUAGGAAAGAACAAGAAAAUUUUGUCGGGCUUAGUUUUGAAACAAUAUCGGCUUCAGGUCCUAACGGUGCCAUUAUUCAUUACACGCCAUCAAAAGAGACAAACCGUGUAAUUAACAUAGAUGAAAUUUAUUUAUGUGAUUCUGGAGGGCAAUACAAAGAUGGAACAACAGAUAUUACAAGAGCUUGGCAUUUUGGAACUCCUUCAAUGUUUGAAAAAGAAUGCUAUACUAGAGUUGUUAAAGGGCAUAUUUCAAUUGCUUCUGCAAUAUUUCCUAAACUGACUAAAGGUCAAAUGCUUGAUACAUUAGCUAGGAAAGCUCUAUGGGAUGCAGGACUGGAUUAUCUUCAUGGCACAGGACAUGGAGUUGGAUCUUACUUAAAUGUACAUGAAGGACCGAUGGGUAUAAGUUGGAAGUAUCGUCCCGAUGAUCCUGGCUUACAAGAAGGCAUGGUUUUAUCUAAUGAACCAGGUUAUUAUGAAGAUGGCCAGUUUGGUAUCAGAAUAGAAAGCCUUAUGAUUGUUAAAAAAGCUGAUACAAAAUAUAAUUUUAAAGAACUUGAUUUUCUGACAUUUGAAAUCAUCACAUUAGUACCUAUCCAAACAAAAUUACUUGAGCCAUCUAUGCUUACUGCAGAAGAGUUUGAGUGGUUGGAUAAUUAUCAUCAGCUCUGCAGAGAUGUUAUCGGUAAAGAAUUAAAAAGACAAGGAAAGCUUCAAGCCCAUCAAUGGUUAUUGAAAGAAACUCAACCACUAGGAUAAAAGAUUAGAAAAAUUUUUAAGGGAAAUUUUGAAUAAAUAAUUUUCGGUAUUUUUAUAAAUUUUGUAAUAAUAAUAAUUGUAAUUGUAAAUCAGUUUCUUUGAAAUGUUGUG